UAGAGAGAAAAAGAAAAAGACAGGAAGAAAUCCGUGAUCUCCAUUUCGUUCUCUAACACAAGAACCAAUCUAACCUGAAAAAAACCCUAGCCCUCUCACGAAGUUCGCCUUUUUUUUUUUUCUCACAAGGAUUCUACAAAAGGAGGUUGAGAUUUGAGCAUUGAAUUAGUGAGAAAAUAGCAAUUUAUGAACGUUUCUGAUUUGGGUUUUUUUUUUUUUUUUUUUUUUUUCCAUCACCAUUUUCUUUUUAAUAUUUUAGGUGUAUUUUUGUGUUGUUAGUUUGAUUGCUUCCAUGCCCAUCAUCACCAAACGAAGAAAACCCAAGAUCUUCAACGACCCAUUAAUAGGAAGAGUAUCAAAACCCAGACUUUAGCGUGACCCAGUUCUCAAAAUCGUUGCUUUCACCAGAAGAAGCCAUACCCAUAUGCCCCAACACCGACAGAGAGAGAGCAGUGCCAUACAUACUUCUUCACUAUUAUUAUGGGAGCUGAGAGGAAAUGGCUUUUCACGCUAUUCAGUGCAGCAUUCUUCUCUCUCAUGCUUCUGUUGAUGUCUUCCUUCUCUGCCUUCAGCUCACCAAAGUCUUUUCCCUCUAUUGUUCAUCAUGGUUUUCCCUACCCUCCUGCUUUUGCAUACUUUAUCUCCGGUGGCCACCAAGAUAAGGAUCGGAUCUUGCGGUUGUUGUUGGCAAUUUAUCAUCCCCGGAAUCGGUACCUCCUUCAUCUUGGGAAGGAUGCCAGGGACGAAGAGAGGAAUGUCUUGGCUGCCGCCGUGAGGUCGGUGCCGGUGAUUCGGGCUUUUGGGAACGUCGAUGUUGUCGGCAAGGCAGAUUAUGUCACCUACUUGGGCUCUUCCAAUAUUGCUAUCACUCUCCGAGCUGCGGCGAUUAUGCUGAAAUUGGAUAGUGGGUGGAAUUGGUUUAUCACUUUGAGUGCACGUGAUUAUCCUCUCAUGUCUCAGGAUGAUUUGUCCCACGUUUUCUCUUCCGUUAGGAGAGACCUCAAUUUCCUUGAUCACACGAGUGACCUUGGAUGGAAAGAGAGCGAUAGAUUCCAGCCUAUUGUAGUUGAUCCUGGGCUAUAUUUGGCAAGAAGAAGUCAAAUUUUUCAAGCUACAGAGAAGAGGGCAACACCUGAUGCAUUCAAACUAUUCACAGGUUCACCAUGGGUAAUCUUGAGCCGACCCUUUCUGGAGUUCUGCAUUUUUGGUUGGGAUAAUUUACCUCGAACAUUACUGAUGUAUUUCACAAAUGUGAAGUUAUCUCAAGAAGGCUACUUUCAUUCAGUUAUUUGCAAUGCACCAGAAUUUAAGAACACAACAGUAAAUGGUGACUUACGAUAUAUGAUCUGGGACAAUCCUCCAAGGAUGGAACCGCACUUCCUUAAUGCCUCUGUUUAUGAUCAGAUAGUAGAAAGUGGAGCUGCUUUUGCAAGACAGUUUGAAACUGAUAACCCUGUGCUGGACAUGAUUGAUGAAAAGAUCCUCCAUCGUGGUCGCAACCGAGCUACCCCAGGGGCAUGGUGUUCUGGGGGGAGGAGUUGGUGGAUGGAUCCAUGCUCCCAGUGGGGUGAUGUCAAUGUUCUGAAGCCAGGUCCUCAGGCUAAGAAGCUUGAUGGUUCUGUUUCAAGCCUUCUUGAUGACUGGGACUCACAAACCAAUAUGUGCCAGUGAAUAGACACCAGAAUAGAAACAUUUUAGGUAGCUGUGCUGUCUAUUGCUCCAAGAUUCAUCGACCAGUAGAAGUUUCCUUUUAGUGAAAACACAUUCUUUGGUCACCACCAGAGUGUAAUAGUAAUCUUGGAAGGAGGGGAAGUGAGUGUUGAUGACAUCACAUCAGAGUUGGAUUGGGGAAGGCAAUAUAUUUGUGGUAGAUCAUCCAAUACCAUGAAUUAGUAGGAGGAUAUUCUUCCUGUAUGUUCUGUAUGUCUCCUCAUUUCCAUAGAGAUUAUGAACGAUUAGAGCAGAAAGUUCAUUCUUUUUAAGAUAUGAUUGUCAUUUUCCAUUCUCCUAUCCUUUGCACCUUUUUUUGUAGUGGAUUUUUCCUGGUCCUGCAGGCUUGCACGUGCCAAAUGUAGUUACUUGCAAACUUUGAGACAGAUGGAAGUGCUAAAAACUUUGUUAAAGUUGGGGAUCGGUGGUGCCCCAAUUUUAUUGGUGCUUAAUGUGAUUAGUGGAACAGUUACUGGUCAGUCUAAUGACACUGUAACCUAUUAGAAAUUUUCAGCAUUUGCUGUAGCUUUGAAAACUCAUAGCAUGAUAUCACUUAUUUCUGGUUAGAGUAUUAGUUAUUUUUAAUUUUAGUAAAGGAAUAUGUACUAUUUUUUAAUUUUAGUAAA